AUGGGAAUGAAUCAAAAGAUAUUAGCUGGUUUGGUGCAUUUAAUGGCUAUUAUGUUUGUUACAAUGAUUGUUAUUAACGCCCUGGGUGGAGCCGGUUACAAAGGCCUUUUUAAUCAGAGCACAGGACAGGUAUCAGACAACUACAAAAGUUACAUAACACCAGCAGGAUUUACUUUUAGUAUAUGGAGUGUCAUAUACAUAUUUCUUGGAGCCGGUGCAAUCUAUAGUCUAGCAAGCGUUUACCGAAAGAGUGAUGGCUCAAGUAACCGAGUCUACGUUCAUCCCAUUAUUCUCAACUGGCUUUUUUACGUCGCUCUCUCCACAAAUUUCUGCUUGAACGCGGUGUGGAUGGUCUUGUGGGACAGAAAAUUAAUGGUCGUUGCAAGCAUAGUUUUGUUGCUAAUAGCGUGCACUGGAUGGCUAUCUUUUGCUGUCGCUGUCGCCAGAGGAAAACGUGCCAUGGAGAAGAAAAGCCAUGGACUGUCGAAAACAGUUGUCUUCAAGGAAGUGCGACUACAAAGAAUUUUGAUCCAUAAUGGCAUUGCUCUAUACACUACUUGGACAACAAUCGCUUCUCUUCUGAAUAUUAACAUCGCCUUCCAGUACUUUGGCAAUACCGACGCAGAGACAACCAGUUUGGUUUGCUCGUCGAUUCUUUUGAUCAUCAUGCUAGGAUGGUUUUUCAUUGAGAAUACCUAUUGGCUUGAUCCAUACGUUCGCUACACAGUAACACAAUAUCCUGUGAUUAUUUUUGGUACCUUCGGAAUCCUGAGUAAACAAGCCGAUCCGAAUCGUACAGACGGACCCGUUCCAGAGAGCGUACGAAUUCUGACGUGGAUCAUUUUGGGAGUCGCCUCAAUUCAGCUUGCGGUUCGAUUGGUCAUCGUUAUUUACCGCUACCGCACUCGACCUCUCUUUGAAAGUGAACCUGUAGCAACUGCAGGUCAGAACGAAUAG